AUCCGAAGUGAAGAUGCGGACUGAAGAAGGACUUCUGGUUUGGUGCAAUUACAUUGGCGCCGUCUGUGGGAAAUCGAAUAAAAAGCUUUAUUUGUAUGUUGAUCCGGUUGAUCGAAGGGAAGAGAAGAUGAGUGAAAGGCUCAUGGCUGAUUCUUUUGAGUCGCAAAAGUAGAUCUGAUGAAUUUGCCUAUUCUUUUGAGUCGCAUAAGUAGAUCUGAUGAAUUUGCCUGUGCUUUUGAGUUGCAUAAGUAGAUCUGAUGAAUUUGCCUGUGCUUUUGAGUUGCAGAAGUAGAUCUGAUGAAUUUACAGAGUGAGUUUGUUCGCCUGUGAAAAAAAAGAAGUUUUCACAAAAUAGAUCUGAUAAAUUUACAAAAUGGGUUUAUUCGCUUGUAAAGAAGAGAAGCUUUCACAAGAAGAUAAACAGCACGAGCUGCGAAAUGCUGAAGCACGAGCUCCAAAGGCCGAGAACGAAGUGCGAGAUGCUGGAGCACGAACUGCAAGGGCCGAGAACGAAGUGCAGAACUCAACCAGGAGCUGCAGAGCUCAAAUGCAGAAGUCCGAGGUGCGGGAUGCUGAAGCACGAACUGCAAAGGCCGAGAGCGAAGUGCAGAACUCAACCAUGAGCUGCAGAGCUCAAAUGCAGAAGUCCGAGGUGCGGGAUGCUGAAGCACGAGCUCCAAAGGCCGAGAACGAAGUGCGAGAUGCUGAAGCACGAGCUGCAAAGGCCGAGAGCGAAGUGCAGAAUUCAACCACAAGCUGCAGAGCUCAAAUGCAGAAGUCCGAGGUGCGGGAUGCUGAAGCACGAGAUCCAAAGGCCGAGAACGAAGUGCAGAACUUGAGCAUGAGCUGCAGAGCUCACACUUGCUGCCGAGGUCGAGCACAGUGUAGAAAUCAAACACGAGCUGCAGAGCUCAAACACUCACUGCCGAGGUCAGCCACGAGAUGCAGAGGCCGAGCAUGAAGUGCAGAACUUGAACACAAGGUGCAGAGGUCGAGCAUGAGCUUCAGAUGUGCAGCACGAGCUGCAAGGUGUCAACACCCUCAACAAGGUGCCGACACUUUUCCUGCAUCUGUCCUGAAGAGUCCGUGUCGGGUUUUUGUCCUUCUCUGCAAAUUCUGGUAACGUCCUCGUGAUACAGGUUGUUAAGAAAGCAAUCGAGCUCCG